AUGCCAUUAUUCUUGAUUCCAGCCCGCAACUCGCGGCAUCGGAUAGCAUGCUUUGCACUCUAUCGCAACCUUCUACAACAAGCCACGCGCAUUCAUCUCCCCGAAGACCUAGCCACAGCAUGGGGACCAAGAAAUCCAAUCAAGCACCUAGUCCGACGAACCUUCCGCCGUAACAGCUCAGACACCAGCCCACGGCUUGUGUACCCAGCCCUCAAAGCGGGCUACCGCAUCCUAGCUCUCCUCCACGCCGCCUCCACCUACACCCCUCCCACCAAACGUCCCAGGGCGAACGCGAAGCCAAAGCCCACCGGCAACCCCGAGUAUGACUCCGUGAUAGAGUACCUGCGCACGCGCCUCGAGGAGCGCAACCGCUCCCUCGCCGCGAAGGAACUCCACCCCCCCAACUCGCGCAACCCCCCCAAACCCUCCUCCGCCCCGCGCCCCGACACCGUCCCCCUCUUCGUUAACGUCACGCCCGCCCCCACGCCAAUGAACCCGCACCCUAAACCCGUGUACGCGACCCCUUCGCGCCCGCGGCCCCUCUCCGAGCUCGGCGGGUCUGGCCGCCGCAAGAUCCCACACAUCGACAUGGCGUCCGACUACCCGUUCUUGCGGAUCAAGAAGCCACAGCCCGCGGUGCUGAGCCGGGUGCUGAACCAGAAGAUCAAGACGCGCCUCCAGCGCACGGACACGCUGAGGGAGGUCUUCGAGGAGAUGAUGCCCGAGGCGGAGCAGGAGGACGAGUGGGAGCGGAUCGUGCAGGGGAUGUAUAUCGAGCAGGCGCGCGAGAGACGGAAUAAUGCGCUUGGCGAGUACGACCGCAACAGCGACCCCCCCUUCAUCGACGACGCGACGGCGCGCCGCGAGGCGCGGAUCAUCGAGGAGGACUUCAGGGCGGGCAACACAUUCCGGCAGACGGUGUUCGAGCAUGGCAACAUCUACGUCCAGAACCAGCUCAACGCCGAGCGCGAUGACUUGGUCGCGCGCGCGGACGCGAUGAGGAGGCUGAUCGAGGAGGAGAAGAGGUUGUUGGUUGAGGAGAGGGAGCAGAGGGCGCGGGAGAAGAGGAGGAGGUGGGAGGAGAAGAUGAAAGAGGUGGAGGGGGACGAGUGGACGAAGAAGAUUUUGGAGAAGGCUAGGUAG